AUGUCGUCCUCGGCGCCUCGCGGCGGCGAGCGCAUGAUCCAUCAGGAUUUCAUUGCCAGGAUCCGAUACUCCAACGCCCUCCCGCCGCCUCCCAACCCUCCCAAGCUCCUCGACAUCCCAAACACCGGCCUGGCUAGCGGCCAAUACACAACGCCGGGAUUUGCGUCACGUCUGGCGAGAGAACAGCCGCUCAACAUUGAGGUUGAUGCGGAGCUCGGCAUGCCCCUGGACCUGGUGGGCAUGCCGGGGAUCUUUGACGGAGACGAGAGCUCUAUUCAAGCCUCCUCGCAUCCGCCUGCCGUCCAUCCUCACGAUAGAGCCCUCCUGAGACCACUGUCUACCCUUGGCCGAGCUAAGAGCAACGCCGACGCAUCAGUCUCCUUCCUGAGAAGAACAGAAUACAUUUCCUCCGUAGCACCCAGAAAGGCUGGGGUUGCCGCGGGAGCGUUCAUCAACCCCAAGAUCAAGCGCGCAGAGAAGCGUCGUUCACCCGAGCCGGACAAAGACUCACCGGCUGCCAUCAGACGCAAGAUCGAGAAGAGCUUCGAGAGCGCCGAGCGCUUCCUCAGCAACCCGACCCGCCAUCGCCACCCGAGCAAACCAAACGUUCAUCUCACGCAGUCUCUGCCGCUGCUCCCCGAUCACGACGCCUUCCCCGACUCAGGCGCCUACGUCACCGUCAAGCUCCUCACGAACCCCGUGGCCAGCGCCAACAAGUACGACAGCCGCCUGCUCAGCGGUCUGCUCCGCCCGCUCGACAGGAGCCCCGAGGAGAACGAGGCCUUCCAGGCCGCUGUCGAGGCCCAUGAGCGCGAUCCUGCACGCAACCCUAAGCCCGCCAACCUUAUGGACUACAGCUUCUUCCUCCCCAAGACCAAGAUGACGGGCGAUAACUUCCGAGCAAAGUUUGACCCGGAGAACCCUGACCGCGACGACGAGGAGCUCUACACGUACCAGAGCGGCUCCAACCCCUGCUUCCAGUUCUCCCGUCUGCGUGCCUACGAGACCACCAAGGAGAUUGAGCUGGACCACAACACAAAGUACAGCGAAGAGGUCAUUCUCGCCUUCAACGACGAGCCCUCGGCGGGCGGCAGGCCCAAGGCGGCGUACUACUACCCGGUCAUCCAGCGCACGACCAUCCGUCCUCAGCGCGCCAAAAAUAUUGCUCGUACCCUUAGUCAAGUGGACGACGAGACGCAGGUUGUCAACGAAGUGGAGAUCUCCAUUACCGAUCCAAAGGGCCCCCCCGCCGAGAACAUGAAGCGGUACAAGGAGAAGCCCAUUGGCUAUGUCGAGGAGGCCGAGCCGGCUGACGAGACUCGUGUGCCUGGCACACCCUCGGACCGGGACGCUGAUGGCGAUGCUGAUGGGGAUGAGGAGGAUGAGGAUUGA